CUGGUUCUACUGGGAGACCUUAGAUUAAUAGCAGAGUUAAACUUUAGUCUGCUUUCAGUUUGUCCAGAGAAACAGUUUCAGUGAAUUAUGAAGAAAUCUUUUGUCAGGAUUUGGUGUUUGUAAAUAUAGGAAGAUGGAGCUGUUUGCUGUGGUUGUCUUCCUCCUCUACGCCUCUCAGGAUUCUUUGACUGUGACAGUGGAGGUUUAUACGGGGGCCCAAUCUGUGGUGCUGCCCUGCCAGUACAGCAAAGAAUUAGUAGAACUUGUCACAGUGAAAUGGAGCCGCUUUGAUCUUGAUCCCAAUAUUGUCCAUCUACGACGAGAAGAAGACGACAAACUUGCACAAAAUCAGCUUUUCAGAGGAAGAACAUCAUUGAUAGUCGAUGCUCAAGACUUUGGUGACUUCAGCCUCACUCUGAAAGAACCACAACUUUCUGACAGCGGAAUCUACAUCUGCAGCAUCGAUCAGGAAAUGCUGUCGGACGUUCAGCUGAAUGUCAGAGAAAUAUUUCCAACUUGGGCCAAAGUUCUCCUGGUUCUACUGGUUCUGCUGGUUCUUCUUGCUGUUUCUGGAGGCCUUUUAUUUCAUUUCAGACUUUAUUUCAUUUCAGUCUACAAGGUGGAGGUGGAUCCAGGAGUGGAGUCUGUUCUGCUGCCCUUUAAAACUACAGUCCGUCUACCUGAAGGAGUCAGAGUAAAGUGGAGAAACAGCUCUGGUAGGAUGGUCCACAGUAAUGACAGGGUUGAACACAGGCUGUAUAGAAACAGAACAAAGAUGAAGAAAAAACUAAAAUCUGGAGACUUCAGUUUGACCCUGAAGAACCCCACAGACAGAGACACAGACAUCUACACCUGCAUCGUCUACAAGAGGAGCUCAGAUGAAAUCCUGACUAAGAAACAAGUGCUGCUCAAUGUCAAAGCUGGAGCUGACUCUUUUAUCAUAGCCAUAGACUUUGGUUCAGGAUACAGUGGCUACGCCUUCAAUGUCAGACCCAGAGAGGAAGGAGGUGGGACCCAGUUAAAGAGAUGGGGUGAAGAACUGGGACUGGACUCCCCAAAGACUCCAACCUGCUUCCUGUUGGAUGAAGAUGAAAACUUCCUGAAGUUUGGUUAUGAAGCUAAAACAGCGUACAACAAGAUGAGAAGAGAAGAAGCUGAGAAACAUUAUUUCUAUGAAGACUUCAAGUGGAGAAUCCGUUACCUAGUAAGUAAAGUAAAGAUCAGCAGAUCUUCUUCCUCCUUGGGUCCUGCUGUGACCUCUAUGAACUCACCUGUCUUCUCAGGUUGAAACUGUGUCUCCAUCUGAAUUAUCUGAGAUAGUUUAAAGCUGCUCUCUGCCUCCUUCACAGCUUUCCUCCUGUAGUCA